UUCAGUCAUAUGACGAGGAGUCAUCAUUGUGUGUGUGUGUACAUACAUACUGCGUCUUCGUGUGGCAGGGGGAGCUCCAUGCUGCCAAAGUGCUGCCGAAUCAUGCCGAAGACACCACACAUGACACCUCGGCCGCGUUAACCAGUUCUGUUUCCUUGCUCUGACCUUUCAGUGUUGGGUGCCAAUCGAGGCUGCAACAAGUUAUAAGAACAAGACUAUCAUCAAGUGUUUCUGAGCUCACACGAACAGAAAAUCUGCUGUGAAGUGAAAGAAGUAUACCCGCUCAACUCUUUGACAUUUCUCCACCAUUCCUAUAUAGCAGAUUAAGUAGCAACCCUUGGGAUCACGUGUAUCCAGGAUGGGGUCAAUAAGCCAUAUCCUUGUCGUCUUCUGCUUAACCUUACUUAGCAGCCAGGGGUUUUUGUUUCUUGACGACUCUUGUCCAUAUGCCAAACCUUGUGUGUGCAGCUUGUCAUCUAUUUACUGCCAGAAUCAAGGCCUGAGACAAGUACCACAGAUGAUUAAACCGCAAAUCAACUCCUACUACUCCAUGGAUGUAUCACAGAAUCUAAUUACGUCACUACCUGCUGCUGCUUUCAAAAAUCUCACCGUCGGAACUCUGAUCGUAGGGCCAAAUCCACUAACCAAUAUUGACGAUGCUGCCUUUGUUGGCUUAAAUGUAACCUGGUUGAUUCUGGCAAAUGUGCCUGGCAUGACCCAAAUCCCCGCUUCUGUAAGUCAUCUAAGCACUCUUAAGAAGUUAUAUGUAUAUCGGACGAACAUAACUGGCCUGGAUGAUUCCCUGAUGAAAGGUAUCGGCGACACACUGGAAGAACUGUCAAUAUCUUCAACAAAUAUCACAGUUUGGCCAACAAGUAUGCAAUAUGCCACAAAACUGAGAGAUUUGUCUGCUGGAGGCAACACUUACAACGACAUCCCUGACAACGCCUUCCAGGGGUUUUACCACAGUCUGGAAUCUGUAAGUUUACGUAAGUGCGGACUGAACGCUGUUCCUCGAAAAGCUCUUGGGAGAUUGAUAAAGCUGAAAACAUUGGACCUAAGCAACAACCCUUUCAUCCUUUUCCCAGAUGAUUCAUUCGGUCCAAGCCUCCAAAAUUCCUUAAACACCCUGUACAUUUCAAAGACCAGCGUCUCUGACAUACCACCAGCAGUGAGAUCGCUCACAUUUCUAAGCACCUUGGGUCUGUGUCCAAACCCCGUGAAAACUCUGAACAUGAUGUCAUUCGGUGGACUGAGCAAAUCUUUAGAGAGGCUGUACAUGGCAGGAUGUGAAAUGGAAAGUAUUCCACCGGUUAUGAAGACUUUAACCCAGUUGACCUUGUUAGAUCUUACGAAGAGCGGACUGACAACUAUUCGGGACGACGACUUCAAUGGAUUGUCAGUUCUAAAUGAACUAAACCUGGAACGGAACAGGUUCAUCAAAAUAAGCGACCACGCUUUCCGAGGGUUGAAGUAUCUCCACAAACUAACACUUUUCCAGUCCAAUCUGACGGCGCUUCCAAGAGCUGUGAACGACUUGCCAUUCUUGAAGGAUCUAUAUGCGUAUGAAAAUCAGAUAACCACGAUUCCUGAUAACAGUCUGGUUGGUGCGAGGUCUUUACACCACCUGGUUCUGGACGAUAACCCGAUCAGCCAGAUAAGUGACCACGCCUUUGACGGAGCCUCCUCCCUCACCCUGAUCAUGAUGACUAGAGGUAAAAUGACGACGGUCCCCAAGGCGUUGACGGCCCUGGAUGGGUUUAGCAGAAUCAAUCUCAGCGACAACCCAGUCCAAUGUACUUGUGAUCUUAAGUGGAUCCUCAACUACGUCAAUAUAGAGGUUGGUGGAGACUGCUACAACAUGCCGCUUAGCGUCUCCAAAUACAUCCAUACCCGCCUAAUACAUUGCUGAAAGACGUA